GAUCCGGGUUCCCGGCGGAGGCGGAGCCGCGCGGGGAGGAUCCCGGGACGAGCCGCGGCGGAGCGGCCAUCGCUCGGCACCGCCCGGCUCGGCACGGCACGGCACGGCCCGGACCGGGCCAGCACGCUGGGCCGGACGGGAUGGCCGCCCGCAUCCUGCACCGCCUGCGGCACGCGCUGGCCGGCGAAGGCGGCCGGGAGGAGCGGGCGUGCGGCGGCUCCGAGGCCGAGGACUGCCCGGAGAGCUCGGAGCUGGAGGACGACACGGAGGGGCUGUCGACGCGCCUCAGCGGCACCCUGAGCUUCACCAGCCACGAGGAGGAGGAGGAGGAGGAGGAGGAGGAUGGUGCUGGAGACGAGCUGGGGGAGCCACCGCAGCCGACCGGCACGGCAGCGGGUGCGGAAGACGGAGGCAGAGUGGGGCCCCGCGGCGGAGCGCCCCGGCGGCAGCCUGCUGACCCGGCAGCUGCAGGAGCUGUGGAAGAAAUCGCGGGGCAGCCUGGUGCCCCAGCGGCUGCUCUUCGAGGUCACCAGCGCCAGCGUGGUCAGCGAGCGCUCCUCCAAGUACGUGAUGAGCCUCAGCUCUACACCAUCUACCUGAUCCGCUCCGGCCGGUUCGACAAGGCCCCCGCCGCCAUCGCCCGGCGCUACUCGGACUUUGAGCGGCUGAACCGCCGCUUGCGCUGCCGCUUCGGCUGCGACAUGGCCGGCAUCGCCUUCCCUAGGAAGAGGCUGCGCCGGAACUUCACCGCCGAGACCAUCGCCAAGCGGAGCCGAGCCUUCGAGCAGUUCCUGUCCCACCUGCACUCCAUCGCCGAGAUCCGCCGCUCCCCCGAGUUCCUCGAGUUCUUCUUCCUGCAGGACCUGCAGGCUGCGCAGCGCCUGACCUGCACCGGCAUGUACCGCGAAGCCCUGGCCACCUGGGCCAACGCCUACCGGCUGCAGGACCGGCUGGGGGUCUGCGGCUCCGGCCGCUUCCUCCUGACGCUGGCCGGGCUGGCCGUCUGCCACCAGGAGCUGGACGAGCUCGGCGAGGCCCACGGCUUCUGCGAGCAGGCGCUGCAGCUGCUGGAGGCCCAAGGCAGCCACCCGCUGCUGGGGCCCUUCCUGCAGGCCCACGUCCACCUGGCCUGGAAGGUGGGCAAGGACAAGCGGCGCUCGGAGGCCCGGCUGCAGGACCUACGGGAGGCCGGGCCGCCCCUGCAGCAGCAGCCCACCCUGAAGGAGUGCCUGAUCAAGGAGCCUCUGGAGUGAGCGUCGUCCCACCGCCGCCGCCCGCGCCGGCAGGAGGGCAAGGCGCCGCGUGGGGCUCGUGCCCAGGGGCGGCCGGGAGCAGCGAGGGCGAUGCCGUGGUUGGGGAUGGGGCAGGGAGGCAGCGCUGUGCUCCCGCAGGCAGCACGGCACACGCCUGGGAGCUGCCUCGAAAAUGCACUUUCUCUGUGGUUAGUCUGUCCCGCGGGGCCGGGCGCUCACCGGUGCUCACCACCCGCACCGGCACGGCCGGGAGCCAGCUCCCCCUCUGCGGGGGGCUUCUAGAGUGGACGGGACUUUAGCUGGGAUAUACUGGCACUGCGUUAAGGGAAGGCUUCUGGCAGGGUCCGGGGCUCUUGCCAGGAGCUUCCCGUAAAACCUAUGUAACAAAAAGGACUUUAUUUAAUAAAGUCUUGGUGGGAAGAA